AUGGCACCAACAGCAACAAUUAAGCCUAAGAAAUACGUCUGCUCUUGGGAAGGCUGUGGGAAAGCUUUCACCCGGUCGGAUCAUCUUCAGCGCCAUGUCCUGAAUCAUGGUGUUGGAGACAGCACUUGCCCGCGCUGUAGUCUGCACUUCAAGAGGCCCGAUCUUCUAGACAGACACCUGGCUCGUCAUCGACAGAAGGACGAAGAGGCCGGUGGCGAAGGUUUGGGUGUGGUCGAAACCAGGAAGAAGCUCUGGCGAGAUGCGAAUGGCAACAUCGUGAGCAAGCGGCCAGCCCAAAGCGAAGUUGGUAGCCCUGCCAUAAAGAAGCAGAUCACCGAUCUGGCUCCUCAAGUCCAGACGGCGGGUGGUAAUGGCUAUCACCCUCGGACCGGUCAGCAUUCUGAACCAUUAUCCCCACCGAGAUCCAUGUUGAGCGCCGAGUCAUUCGAGCGAUUCUCUCAUCAACUACCGGAGCUCCCAGAGAGUCACGACUUUAUCGAACCCGCAUCAGGGCCGGACAUGUUUGAUUUCCUGGCCAACUCAUCUUGGGGCUCUCAAUCGUCCCAAGCGGUCAACAUGCAACAUGAUGCGCCGUUUGAGGACAUGUUCAAUCCAGACACAGCAAGCUCCUUUAACAUGCCAUUCACUACGAUGAACAACUACAAUUGGCUGUUUGAUCUUGGUGAUACUGUGAAAAUGUCGGUCCCCGCUCAGCAAUCCAACAUGGUUCCGGAAACGCAAAAUUCGACACGAGAGCAUCAAUUUCAGUCCACGACAUACCAAUCCGCCAGCCAUGGGGACCAUCCCGGUUACAGGAUUAACGCUGAGAUAAAUGGACAUCCAAUCUCGGCAAGUACAUUCUACAGGCCCGCGCCUUUACCGCAGGCCCCAGAACACUUUCAGAUAUCCGAAGACUAUCGGUAUGACUUGCUCACAGCCCAGGCCACUGAUGAGGACUCGGUCUCGCCCUCUUCGACGGAGGCCCACGUCGUUCAAAAUUCAUCUCCAGAAGAGGAACUUACUCCCCCUACCACGACCUCGCCGCAGUCUACGAACACUUUCGCGCCAAACCAACCGCCAAAAGCCCCGAAUCGUCAGAUGAAUAUACCUGCCGCAUCAUUCAAUGUUCAUACUCUUCCUCCAACUCAGCCUUGCAGAAACAUGCCCACCAUGGACGAUGUCUCUAGAAAUCAAAUCCUCGACGUCCUCGUCAAUGCCCGACCAAAAACACCUGAAGGAACUGAUAUCACCCGCGAUCACCCCUUGUUAUCACUCUCUUCAAUGCAAAACUACUUGGAUCUCUUCUUCUCUCGCUUCAAUGUCGCCUAUCCACUCCUUCACCAGGCCACGUUCGAUCCAUCCCAGACAGAGACUCUUCUUCUGCUCGCCGUCAUCAUCCUGGGGGCUACAUACAGCGAGAAGGCAAUCCACAGAUUGGCUGUUUGCAUACACGACGUGUUGAGAGCGCAGAUAUUUCAACAUCCAGCCUUCUCCGCCACACCUGAAUUAUGGAUGCUCCAAACAAUCUUGCUUGUUGAAUGUUUUGGAAAGUCUCGAGCAGGUCAAAAGCAACAUGAUAUGGCACACCUUUUCCAUGGACUGUUGAUCAAUUUAAUUCGAAGAAGCGAUUGCCAAACGGUGCGACAACCAAAUUUCGGCGAAGGCUCUGGCGAUCUCGAAUCUGACUGGCGAAAAGCGAUUGAUGUGGAGCUUCGGAAAAGGCUUGCCUUUCUUUGCUUUCUCUGGGACACGCAGCAUGCCGUGCUUUUCUCACAAUCACUGUGCAUGUCCUCAUUUGAACUUCGAACGACGCUCCCCUGCAACCAGGCCACCUGGGAAGCCAGCUCCGCUGAGGAAUGGUGGAAGCAUGCACGAAAAGAACCUCAGAUAUCCUAUCUGACUGUCCUGAAAGCCUACAUGAACCCAGACUCCGGGACGCAGAUUCCGCCAUUAAACGCCUUGUCUCGGCUUCUCGUCCUUCACGGACUCAUGUCCAUCCAAUGGGACAUGAGACGACGAGAUCAGACCUCUCUUGGCAUUGGAACUCAAAAUGGAUCCAAUCCGGACCACCCCAAAUGGCAAGACCGGCUGUCACAAUCGUACGACGCCUGGAAGGCCGACUUUGAUACUUAUUGUAUGAACAUGACACUCUCAUUGAACGAUAGCCCCUCCAGAAAAGCCGAAUUCACCCGUUUCAGUACAGCAACAAUAGCAAUUUAUCAUGCAGCCCACAUCACACUCAACGUCGAAAUUCUCGACCUCCAGAUCUAUGCGGGGGCACGACAUAUUAUCGGCCGUCCCGUGACACGAACCGAUUAUGAUCGAUCGAGACGUAUGGUCAAAGAAUGGGCCAAGCCAGGGGGCUCGACUCCAGGCGCGAAAGCUGCAUGGCAUGCUGCACAUCUUCUUCGCGACGGUAUCAUGAAUCUCGACAAUUGGGACGUCAAUAACGCAUUCCACUACCCGUGGUGCCUCUACCUGUCGACACUCACCUGUUGGGCAUUCCACUUCGCCAACGUCGUGGAUAAAUCGUCGACUUCUCCCUCCAAUCACGACGGCGAACGAGCCACUCCAUCAACAAGCUCUCACUUAGACGGCGUGGUUGAUGAUGGGAUUGUCUGGCACGCAAAAGCCGAAAUGAACGCCUUGGUGAGCAGCAUGACGAGUGUGGUCCCGGAGAAUCUGUGGCGUGUCCUAGGAAAGUACUCCACUUCGGGCUUGACGACCGUGAUGGCAAAACAUUUGAGCAAUGUUCGAUGGGCCGUCGUGCAUGAAGGCAUGAAGGUCUUAAGAGGUCUUGUGCCGGAACGCUCGAUUAAUGAGUACGAGACAUUUUUGAAAUGA